AAAAAGCUUUUGGUGAUGAUGGGUUAUUGAAGCAACCCAAAGAGCUUUCUAUUAACAAAGUUGGACAUGCACUGCACGAGCUUGACCCAUUGUAUAAGGAAUUCACAUAUUCGUCAAAUUUUUCAAGUUUGGUAUCAUCCUUAGGUUACAAGAGACCAGUAGUCAUGCAGUCUAUGUACAUUUUCAAGCAACCUGGAAUUGGAGGCGAAGUUGUGCCGCACCAAGAUAAUUCUUUUGUGUACACGGAUCCACAGAGUUGUACUGGUCUCUGGAUUGCUUUAGAAGAUUCUACAAAAGUUAAUGGUUGUCUUUGGGCUAUUCCUGGAUCUCACAAGAAUGGUCUAGUUAGAAGGUUUAUCCGGGGGGGAAAUGGUGUAACCUUUGAUCAGCCAUCCCCAUCUUACGAGCAGAAAGAUUUUGUGCCUAUUGAAAUGAAAGCAGGCUCGUUGAUUGCCAUUCAUGGUGAUCUAAUUCAUCAAAGUUUCGAGAAUCUAUCCCCGAAGUCAAGACAUGCUUAUAGCUUACAUGUAGUAGAAUCUGAUGGAUGUAAAUGGGCAAAAGACAACUGGAUACAAAGAGAAUUAAUGCCGGAGCCUCUCUAUGUUCUUCCUUGAUUCAAGCUAGACGUGGAAAAACAUUGGAGUUGCUGUUUAUCAAAUUUCUUGUGAGAACUAUGAAAGUAAUAAGAACAUGGCUAAAAGGGCCUUCUUGUGUCAUUUGUUUGUUGAAAUACAAUUUGUUUCUGCUUUGGUCUCUGUAGUUUUGUCUUUAGAUAACCAAACUCAGUGGUCAAUAAAGUGUGACAGGGGUUACUUGAUGUUUC